UUUUGAAAUUCAAAUCCGCGCUAACAGUCUCUCUCUCUCUCUAUAUAUCUCUAGAGAAGGUCGUCGGAGAUGUUUUCCGUCAAGGAGAAUCCGAGGGGGAAGCCAGAGAAUGUGAAGAUUGAGAAUCUUUUCGUUCAGAUCUUUGAGAGGAAGAGGCGAAUCGUCGACCAGGUUAAGCAACAAGUAGAUCUCUACGACCACCAUUUAGCCUCCAAAUGCCUACUCGCCGGAGUAUCUCCUCCGUCGUGGCUUUGGUCUCCGUCUCUACCUUCCCAAACUUCCGAGUUGAAUAAGGGGGAGAUUAUAUCAGAACUUCUAUUUCCUUCUUCAAGACCUUCCAUCAUUUGUCCCUUUUCAUACCAACGGCCUGUCAGGUUUCUAGCUGACAAUGUAGUAAGACAAGACCUGACGUCUGUGGUAAAUAAUAACCCAAUAGAAGAGCAGUUGCUUGAAAAGGAACCACAACACGACCUCUCACACAACUUAGUCAGACAUGUUACGAAUCAUUCUCAUGAGCAGGAUGGUAAUAUUGCAUCUCCUAGAGAUGUCCAUGAGAAAGAGGGAUUGCCAGAAAGUGUCUCAAUCGAUUGCGGAGAGAAUCAAAGUUGUUCAUCUCCUGAACACUCUCAGAAUCAGACAGUUGAAACUAAUCUUGAUGCUACAUUUCCUGGAUGUAGCCAAGGGGAAAAGGUUCUCAAAAGUGUCUCAACUACUGGUUGUGAGCGGAAACCAUCUCCUCCCGGUUAUCGUCAAGAAGAAACUGAUCCAGACGCUUACCUUGACCCUGGAUUAUCACUUGCUAAGAUGCAGAGAUCAAGGUCACGUCAGAAAGCUUUGGAGCUUCGUAGUAGUGCCAAAGCGUCGAAAAGCCGUUCAAAAAGUAGAAGUGAUCUCAAAUCUUCUCAGGAUGGAAACAUAGGCUUUGGGAUUGCUUCUUUAAGGUCUGACAGUGUUAGUGAGAUAAAGUUAUUUAAGCAUGAUGAGAAUGAUGAAGAGUGUCGAGACGAAGUAGAGAACAGUAAUUCUCAAGAUAAAGGAGGGGAUCAGUGUAUUAAAACUUGUUUAACUAGAGAGUCUUUUACCUUGCAUCAGAAAGUGGAUUCGGUGAAAAAAUCUUCGAGCGAGGAUGCUUAUGCUUCUAGUGUAUCAGAAUCUCUACCCGAGUCUGGUCAUGUGAAUGACAUUGACAUAUUACAGUGCAAUGAGAAAGUUAAUGAAGUGUCUGCCGAAGUAGAUGAGCAAGUGGAUGAUCCCAAAAGCAGAACUUGCAAUGAAACAGCUUAUCUCGAUGGAAGUACUGACCAAAUGGAUGAUCCCAAAAGCAGAACUUGCAAUGAAACAGCUUAUCUCGAUGGAAGUACUGACCAAAUGGAUGAUCCCAAAAGCAGAACUUGCAAUGAAACAGCUUAUCUCGAUGGAAGUACUGACCAAAUGGAUGAUCCCAAAAGCAGAACUUGCAAUGAAACAGCUUAUCUCGAUGGAAGUACUGACCAAAUGGAUGAUCCCAAAAGCAGAACUUGCAAUGAAACAGCUUAUCUCGAUGGAAGUACUGACCAAAUGGAUGAUCCCAAAAGCAGAACUUGCAAUGAAACAGCUUAUCUCGAUGGAAGUACUGACCAAAUGGAUGAUCCCAAAAGCAGAACUUGCAAUGAAACAGCUUAUCUCGAUGGAAGUACUGACCAAAUGGAUGAUCCCAAAAGCAGAACUUGCAAUGAAACAGCUUAUCUCGAUGGAAGUACUGACCAAAUGGAUGAUCCCAAAAGCAGAACUUGCAAUGAAACAGCUUAUCUCGAUGGAAGUACUGACCAAAUGGAUGAUCCCAAAAGCAGAACUUGCAAUGAAACAGCUUAUCUCGAUGGAAGUACUGACCAAAUGGAUGAUCCCAAAAGCAGAACUUGCAAUGAAACAGCUUAUCUCGAUGGAAGUACUGACCAAAUGGAUGAUCCCAAAAGCAGAACUUGCAAUGAAACAGCUUAUCUCGAUGGAAGUACUGACCAAAUGGAUGAUCCCAAAAGCAGAACUUGCAAUGAAACAGCUUAUCUCGAUGGAAGUACUGACCAAAUGGAUGAUCCCAAAAGCAGAACUUGCAAUGAAACAGCUUAUCUCGAUGGAAGUACUGACCAAAUGGAUGAUCCCAAAAGCAGAACUUGCAAUGAAACAGCUUAUCUCGAUGGAAGUACAAGAUCUAAAAGCUCAAGUCAAGAUAGCGCCAAGGAGAAACAUCAAAAAUCAAGCAAGUCCUUUUCUGGUAACUUUCAGUCAAGAUAUUCGAGUCCCUCUCACUGUGCCGAUCAUGAAGUAGAAUUACCUCAAGCAAUACCUGUGGUUAAUGAACUUUCUAUGAUAACAGAUGCUGGAACGAGCAUCUUUCAGUCUGAAAUCAUUGCAAGAUCCAGAAGUAAUGCUCGAGAAGAUAGAUCGAAGACCGAGCAUUCAGGCUCUCUAUCUUCUGCAAUUGAUGUGGAGCCAAGAGAUUCAAUUUCAAUACUGCAAGGUAGCCAUGUAAAAGAUUCACUGGAUCCCUCUACUGUUGAUGUGGAAAGUUUAAUAGUUGAAAAUAUAACUAGCAAUGAUCAAUCAGAAGAAAAGGGUGAAUGUGUUGACAUGAACAGAUGUUCAAGUGCUGAAAGGGUAAGCCAAACUGGCAUCUCCCCAGAUGAGACCUUUUGUGCGGGUGCAAUCCAAGGUUCUAUGUCCAAGACCGAGCUUUUGGGCUUUUUUGAGUCCCCUUCAGUUGAAUUGCAGUCGGUAAACUCAGUAAUUCACUCAGACGAUGAAAGUGUAUCUUUGAAGCCCAUUGCUGUUAUUGGUGAAGGUUCAUUAGUGGAGGAAGAUAACAAUGGUGUAUCGAUUGAAAUUAGCAGUAUUUCAAAUUCUAGAAGUUCAAACCAAACUGAUAUCACGGUGGUUGAGCCAUUGCAGGUUGAGUCUAUUCUUCAGGAAAGCGGUACGCCCGAAAAAUUGAUUGACCAUUCUAAAAGAUGUGAUAUUAGUUGCGGGUCCAAAGAAGUGCAGCCACUGGGUUCAGUGACAAAUGCUGGGAGUAGCCAAUGCCAUGAAAGAAUUAGUAGGCCAAGAAGCUCAGCUACAGAAGAGAAUUCAGCAAAUGAAUAUAAGGCUUUUUCUGUUGGCUCUUAUCACAAAUCGGCUGACAAACUGGUUGAAGUUAGAGAAGGAAAUUCAUCGCUGAGAACCCCUAAUCGCCCUGCUUUUGUGAAGCCUGAAUCAACCCAUAUUGAUGAUAAUGAAAAACGCAAUUUCGAUGAGGUUCCAGUGAAUAGUCAAGAAAAAUCAAUGAUGGAGAAGGUCCCCACUCCAGCACCCGCUGCAAAGGUGUCUUAUGUCCCAUCCCUUACUGAUUUUGGAGUAAAUCUCUUGGCAGAUAGUGAAAUGGAUGACAUUGAGGAGCACAAUGGGUUAAAGAUAGAAAUGGUACAAGAAAUGGAAUCGCAUGCAAGCCACUCUGGCUUAAAAGUAGGAGAGGAUGAACCUGCAGAGUCAAAUACAUUUACUGGCCAUAUAGAUGCAUCGAGAAAGAGAGCUCAACAUGAAACAUCCUAUGAAAAAGGUGUUCCCCCAAUUACAGGAGAUGGAAAAUGUACAGAAACAGAAGAUUCUCAUGAUCCAGAGAGCUCGAUUCAGGAAUUUUUCUGCUCUAGUUCCUCCAUUGGGGGAUCCAUGCGGCAGAAUAAGCGGAGAAGAACCCUGGAAAAAACAACUAGUAGAGGGCUUUCGCCAAGCCCAGGGGGAGACAAUCUCGAGUUAGAUUCUGUUAGGGAAACAGUACAUCAUCGGGAGGAAGUUGCAUGUCACAACCUGGAUAACUAUGACGUUGAGUUACAGAAGAUGAUUGGAUCUGCAUCUUCAGAUCACUAUGGUGUUGAGUUACAAAAGAUGAUUGGAUAUGCAUCUUCAGCUGAGUUACGAUUUGAUGAGAGUUACUUAUUCAAGGAAGCUGGAUUGAUGAGUCCUGCCUCAUUUUCCUUCAGACCAGAACAGCUAAGUGUACAGAGGAGUCAAAUUGCUCCAGAUCACGGAGUUAGAUCAGAAAAUAUUCACUUUUUGCCAUUUGCUGGAAAAACCUCACAUGGAUUAGCUAGUUGCAUUGUUCGCGAUUCAGAUGGUUCUCCUUGUAUACCACCCUUGGGUUUGAUAAGCUCAGACGAUGGAAGCCCCCCUGUUUUGGAGGGAUUUUUAAUUCAAACGGAUGAUGAAAAUCAAAGCGGCUCCAAAAACCAGUUAAAUCAUGACAAUUUCCAACUUCCAAGAACUACAGCAGAAAGUGCAGCCAUGAUAGAGCAGAUUUGCAAGUCUGCUUGCAGGACCACUCCGUCAUUACAUCUGGCUAAGACAUUUAAGUACGAUGGAAAACUAGAGUUGGAUCAGUCCGUCUCAACUGAGCUGUUUGAUGGCAUGUUUUUCAGUCAGAAUCUCGAGGGUAGCUCUGUCUUUGAUAACUUAGGGAUUAACCAUGAUUAUACAGGAAGAUCGUACACUGACUCUCUGCCUCUUUCUGGUGCUGGCUCAUCUGCUGAGGCUAGGAAUCCUUGCACGUCACCGACUGAGAAGUUGUGGUAUAGAAGUUUGCAGAAGUCUUCCAGUUCAGAGAAACGAAGCAGUCAGACACCAGACCUACCUUGCAUUAGCGAAGAGAAUGAGAACGUAGAAGAGGAAGCUGAGAACUUAUGCACAAACACUCCAAAGUCUACGAGGUCAGAGAAGCAAAGAAGUUCAAUUCUGGAACUUCCUUGCAUAGCUGAAGAAAAUGAAAACAUGGAAGAGAUAUCUGAAGCUGUCAAUGAAGCAUCUGGUUCUGAAAGGGAGAAUGUCUCUGCCGAAAUGAAACCUCUUGGUGAUGUUAAUGAAGAAGACCCUAUGAAGUUUCUUCCACUUGUUUCUGAAGCCAAGAUUCUUGUUGAUCGACAGAGUCUAGACUCUGUCAAUACUGCAUUCAGCUUUUCCGCUAAGUGCAACAGUGUCAAAAGUAAAGUGGGAAAGCAGAGUAACCGAAGGUUCACGGGUAAAGGUAAAGAGAACCAAAGUGGAGCAGGUGCUAAAAGAAAUGUUAAACCACCUAGUAGCAGGAUUAGUAAGCCUAAGUUGUCUUGUAACUCGAGUUUGGCAACUGUAGGUCCCCGGUUACCAGAAAACGAACCUAGGCACAACAACAUUGUCUCCAACAUGACUUCGUUCGUUCCACUUGUGCAGCAGCAAAAACCAGCACCUGCACUAAUUACAGGCAAGAGGGAUGUCAAAGUAAAGGCCCUGGAGGCUGCUGAGGCUUCAAAACGGAUUGCUGAACAGAAAGAGAAGGAUCGUAAGCUGAAGAAGGAAGCUAUGAAGCUUGAAAGGGCUAGACAGGAACAGGAAAAUAUGAGAAAGCAGGAGAUAGAGAAGAAAAAGAAAGAAGAUGAUCGAAAGAAAAAGGAGGCGGAAAUGGCUUGGAAGCAAGAGAUGGAAAAGAAAAAGAAAGAAGAAGAGCGGAAGAGAAAGGAGUUUGAGAUGGCUGAUAGGAAAAGGCAGAGGGAAGUAGAAGACAAAAAGGUAAAGGAAGCUAAAAGACAACGCAUUGCAGAAAUUCAGAGACAACAAAGAGAGGCUGAUGAAAAACUACAAGCUGAAAAAGAAUUGAAAAGACAAGCUAUGGAUGCGAGGAUAAAAGCACAGAAAGAACUCAAAGAAGACCAAAAUAAUGCAGAGAAAACCCGAGGACAAGCGAAUACUAGGAUCCCUGAAGUGAGAUCAAAGAGUAAUUCCAGUGACAAGGUGAUAAGCAAUCCAGGGAAAAUGUCUGAAGAACCCUACUUGGGAAUUGAAGAAAUGGAAGAGUCGUACGACAUCUCUCCAUACAAAUGCUCAGACAACGAAGAGGAAGAGGAAGACGACAAUGACGCCAUGUCAAACAAAAAAUUCGUUCCUACUUGGGCCAGUAAGAGCAAUGUCAUGCUCGCUGUCAUUCCCCAACAAAACCUUGAUCCAAAAAUUACUUUCCCUGUAAAACGAAAAUGCGAUAUAAGCGAAGUUCUUUUGCCUCCAAGGUUCCAAUCAAGAUAGCAUAAACUACGAGAAGCCAAAGGUCAGAUUUACAGUGACAUUAAAACUUAGAACCACCACAAACAAAGUAAGUAUCAAUGUGUUUCAAGUUUCGUAUCUUUUGCUGGAAAUGAGGAACAUAAACAUUAGUAGCCUUGAAGCUUAAAAAUUAGUUUGUGAAUUCUCUAUCUCUCUUUACUUAUUGUAGCAAGGUAUCCUACUAUCAAAAUCGAAUCUCUUAAGGUUUCUUUUUUUGCUUUCUUAUGUAUGUGAUAGUGAAUGGGUAAUGUAAUAAUUAAUUUAGUCAUCCCUA